ACAUGUUUUUAUCUAACUUGAUUCGAGUUACUGAAACAAAUCAAGGGCCAUUACUUUCAGUUGCUCGGAAACUUUUAACGCGUAACGUCACAAAAGUUUUUACAUUUUAUUCGACAAAAAUGGAUCGACCAACAGUUUUAAUCACCCGUCCAGACAUUCCAAAAUCAGGAUUAAGUUUACUGCAAGAACAAUGUGAUAUUGUUCUUUGGGACAAACCUGAACCGAUACCAAGAUCUGCAUUGUUGUCAAAAAUAAAAAAUGUUGACGCAGUUUAUUGUUUAUUAACAGACAAAAUAGACAGCGAAAUCUUGAAUGCAGCAGGACCACAAUUAAAAGUUGUUAGCACUAUGUCGGUUGGUGUUAAUCACUUGGAUUUAGAAGCACUAAAAAAAAGAAAUAUCAGAGUUGGUUAUACUCCUGGUAUUUUAACAGAUGCAACAGCUGAAUUAACUAUAGGAUUAUUAUUAGCCACAUCUAGACGAUUAAUAGAAGCAAAUAGAGCUAUUUACAAGGAUGAAUGGAAAGCAUGGUCACCAACUUGGAUGUGUGGUCCUGGAUUAUCUGGAUCCACUGUUGGAAUAGUAGGAUUAGGUCGUAUUGGUAUGCAAGUGGCAAGAAUCCUUAAAAGUUUCAAUGUUGCUAAAAUAUUGUACACAAGUAGAAGCGUAAAACAAGAAGCACGCGAAUUUGGAGGAGAAAAAAUAGAAUUUGAUGAAUUGCUAAGAAAAAGUGAUUUUGUGAUUGUUACAACAGCUUUAACACCAGAAACGAAUCAAAUGUUUAAUCAAAGUGCAUUUGAAAAAAUGAAAAGAACUGCUAUAUUUGUGAAUGUUAGUAGAGGAGAAGUUGUUGAUCAGUUUGCUCUGACAGAAGCUCUGAAGAAAGGAUUAAUUAGAGCAGCUGGAUUAGAUGUAAUGACUCCUGAACCUAUUCCAUUGGACAGUGAACUGUUGAAAUUAGAUAAUUGUGUAAUACUACCUCACAUUGGUAGCGCUGCUACUGAAACACGGGAGGAAAUGUCAAGAAUUACCGCUGAAAAUAUUCUGGCAGUUUUAAAAGGAACCCCAGCAGAAAUGCCUGCUCCCCUUAUACUAUGAAUGUGAAUUAUGUUAGGUUCUCGAUUUAUACAACUAAUGAUAAAAUUAGAAACUUAUACAGUAUCUGCAAAUUUGUGUAACUCAAAUAUUUUCUGUAUAUAAUAAAUGCGUUACAAAAACGAUUUAUAAACAAAGA